CGCCUCAAGGUGGGCAAGAAGGCGCGGCGCAAGGUGCUGCAGUGGCUCUGGGCGUACACCUACUGCCCCGUGCUCUACACCUGGAAGGACCUGGGCGUCCGCUUCUGGCCGCGCUACAUCAAGGAGGGCAACUGCUUCGCCGAGAAGUCCUGCUCCUUCCCCGAGGGCAUGUUCUGCAAGCCCGUCAAGUCCGUCACCAAGACCUUCCUGCGCUGGCACUGCCAGGGCUGGUCCAGCCAGAAGUACUGCACCUGGAUUCCCGUGCAGUACCCGCUCAUCUCCGAGUGCAAGUGCUCCUGCUAGCCCCGG